UAAAUAUGCGGACAGUGUUGGGAAGCACAGAGUGCUGCAAAAGUUUGCGAUUCGGCAUAUACGGCACACACAUAAUAAAUAUCGAUUAGGCAAGUCGAUGUGACUCACAUCACUAAAUUCAAUUGGUUGGCAACUCGUGCGUUUGACAGCUCAAAAAGCGCUUUGUAAUUCUGCUGAGUAGUAAAGAAAAGCAAAAGGGAAUAGACGUAUAGAAAAGCGAACGACGAAUUAUUAAAAUAAAAAAGAAAUUUUUUAUAUAUAUAUAUUUGUAAACGUUGAAGAAAGCACUGCGGCAUGACUGGUGAAACGAAGCAGGAGAAAAAGCAGCCGCUGCUCGGCGAUGCCAAAGACGCAAAGGGCAAGCAAGCGUCGCAAGGCGAGGGGCAGGAAGCGGGCAAAACGGGCAAAGCUGGCAAAAAGGAUGAAAAAGAACAGCAACCGGAGCUGUCCGACGAGGAUCAGCAGUUACAGGAGGAGCUGGAGAUGCUGGUGCAGCGCCUCACGGAGAACGACAAGCAGCUGUAUCAGCCAGCGCUAGAGAUGAUGGCCAAACUGAUCCGAGCGUCGACCACAUCGAUGACAUCGGUGCCCAAACCACUGAAAUUCAUGCGUCCCCACUACGAGACCAUGAAAACUGUGUACAAGCACAUGCCCGACGAGCGGUCGCGCCAACUGUGCGCCGACAUCAUCUCGGUGCUCUCAAUGACCAUGGGCAGUGGCAAGGAUUGUCUCGCCUAUCGUUUCCUCUGCGAUCGCACCCAAACUAUCGGUGACUGGGGCCACGAGUAUGUGCGCCAUCUUUCGGGUGAAAUAUCCGCACACUAUCACGACACCACUGGCGACUUUCGGACGCAGCUCAUCGAGCUAGUCAAGCAGAUAAUUCCCUAUAAUAUGGAGCAUAAUGCGGAGGCGGAUGCCUGCGACCUGCUCAUCGAGAUCGAUCAUUUGCAUCUGCUGGCCGACUAUGUCGAUGAGUCGGCAUAUCCACGCGUCUGCCUCUAUCUGCAGUCCUGCUAUCCAUACGUACCCGAACCGGAUAAUACCAUCAUCCUGGAGACGGCACUGCAGUUGGCACGCAAAUUCCAACAGCAUACUCAGGCCAUGCGGCUGGCAUUGAUGCUUAACGAUAUGGGCAAGAUUGGUGAAAUAUUCAAGGAGCCCAAGGAGCCGGCAAUGCAGAAGCAAUUGGCUUUCAUGCUCGCCCGCCAGCAGGUCUGCAUCGAGCUGGAUGAGUCUGUGUCCGACUAUGAUGACCUCAUGGAGAUCAUGUCCAAUGCGAAUUUGAAUAAGCAUUUCUUGAAUCUGGCCCGUGAGCUGGACAUCAUGGAGCCAAAGACGCCCGAAGAUAUUUACAAGUCCCAUUUGGAUAAUUCACGUUCCCGUUUCGCCUCCAUUCAGGUGGAUUCGGCCAAACAGAAUUUGGCCGCCAGCUUUGUCAAUGGUUUUGUCAAUGCUGGCUUUGGUGUCGACAAACUGCUCUCGGAGGAUGGCAACAAGUGGCUGUAUAAGAACAAGGAGCAUGGCAUGCUAUCGGCCACUGCCUCAUUGGGUCUCAUUCUCCUUUGGGAUGUCGAUGGUGGUCUGACAAUGAUUGAUAAAUAUUUGUAUUCCACCGAUGACAACAUCAAGUCGGGCGCUUUGCUCGCCUGCGGCAUCGUCAAUUGUGGCAUCCGCAACGAGGUGGAUCCGGCACAUGCCCUGCUCUCCGAUUAUAUUGAUAAUCAGAAUAGUUGCAUGCGCAUUGGCGCCAUAUUGGGCCUGGGCAUUGCCUAUGCCGGCUCCAAUCGAGCCAUUGUCAUCGAUACCCUGAAAACGAUAUUUGCCAGCAAUGGCAAAACGGCUGCCAAUGUUGAGAUUUUGGGCGUAACGGCUCUAUCGCUGGGUCUGAUAAGUGUUGGCUCGUGUAACGCAGAAAUUACGGAGAUCUUGCUGCAAACAAUUAUGGGUCUGACCAAGUCGGAUCUGAAGGAUACCUAUACCCGUUUCCUUUGGCUGGGCCUGGGUCUGCUCUAUUUGGGCAGGCAGAAGUCAACGGAGGCUGUGAUGAUGACACUCGAGGUGCUGGAGGAGCCGUAUCGCAGCAUGGCCACCACUAUGGUCGAUAUAUGUGCCUAUGCCGGCACUGGUAAUGUCCUCAAAAUUCAACAGCUGCUCCACAUUUGUUCCGAUCACUAUGAGACCGUCCCAGCCGAUGAGGAGAAGGAGAAGGGCAAGAAGGACAAGGGCAAGGAGAAGGAGAAGGACAAGGAGAAGGAGAAAGAGAAGGAGAAGGAGAAGGAAAAGGAGCGCGAGAAAGAUCUGUCGGCCACACAAUCGAUCGCUGUCCUGGGCAUUGCUCUGAUUGCCAUGGGCGAGGACAUUGGUGCCGAGAUGGCAUAUCGCUCGUUUGGCAAUCUGUUGCGCUACUGCGAGCCGGCUAUCCGGCGUGCGGUGCCAUUGGCCCUCGGCCUGAUAUCCGCCUCCAAUCCCAAGCUGAACAUACUGGACACGCUGAGUAAAUUCUCGCACGACAGCGAUGCCGAGGUGGCACACAAUGCCAUCUUUGCCAUGGGCCUGGUCGGUGCGGGCACCAACAAUGCGCGUCUCGCCUCGAUGCUGCGCCAGCUGGCCCAAUAUCACUCGAAGGAUCCGAGCAAUUUGUUCAUGGUGCGCAUCGCCCAGAGUUUGACGCAUCUGGGCAAGGGCACCCUCUCGCUCAGUCCGUAUCAUAGUGAUCGACAGCUGAUGAAUCCGAUGGCUGUUGCUGGUCUGAUGGCCACAUUGGUCUCACUGCUGGACGUGAAGAAUCUAAUCCUGAAUCGUUCCCAUUAUCUGCUGUACACUCUGGUGCCAGCCAUGCAGGCACGCAUGCUGAUCACCUUCGAUGAGGAGCUCAAUCAGCUGCAGGUGCCCGUUCGCGUUGGCAUCGCCAUCGAUGUGGUUGGCCAAGCUGGAAAACCGAAGACCAUCACUGGCUUCCAGACCCAUACCACGCCCGUUCUGCUGGCAAUUGGUGAACGCGCCGAGCUGGCCACAGAUGAGUACAUCUCGCUAACGCCCGUCAUGGAGGGAUUUGUCAUACUGAAGAAGAAUCCCAAUUUUGUCAAGUAGUUUAACUCUUUUCUUGUCGCAAGUUCUAUUCUUUAAGGCAAUAUUUAGAAAUGUCGCCCAUUAAACCUAAACCUCCCCCAACAUCGGCAAUUAAUGCAAAUGUCAUACAUAAAUAAAUUCAAAGCUAAAUAUA